CCCGUCCCGCAGCGGGGCGCCCCGCCGGCCCCGCCGGGCAUGCAGCGGCUGCUGCGGCGCCUGCUCCCCGCGCUGCGCCCCCGCGCCCUCCUCGCCCCGCCGCGGCCCAUGGCGCUGCGCCCGGCGGCGGCAGCGGGGGGCGGCGGGUCCCCCCCCCGGGAGCACGAUGGGCUGGAAAAUGUACAGCAAAAGAAAAAAAUAUUUGCUGAGAUUAAAAAAAUGACACAACAGAGAAAAAAGCCAUGUCCAUCUGCUGAAUCAGUAGACUCUCUGAUGGCAGAAAUGCCGUUUGCCAACACAGAUAUUGAAGAUGAAUUUGCUAUGCAUGCAACCUCUGAAGUAAAUAGAGAAAAGAAAAGAAAGAGGACUACAGGAAGGGAAAUUCCAGAAGGCAGUGAGAGAAAGAAGACAAAGAAAAAACAGUAUCAGCCAAAUUAUUUCAUUUCUAUUCCAAUUACUAAUCCAGAGAUUACUGACGGUAUUCGGGCUGUCCAAGAUGCAAUAAUACAAAAGGAUCACAGGCUUUCCAAAGCAAUGGUUCGCUGCGGCUCACUGCACGUCACCAUGUUGGUGAUGCAUUUAUCUGGUGAAGAAGAAAUUGGCAUAGCAGUUGAUGCUCUUUCAGACAGCAAGGAUUUUGUAGAAGAUCUCCUAAAAGGAAAAACUGUGGACUUGUCUUUUCAAGGAAUUGAUCACUUCAAAAAUGAAGUUGGAUUUGUGAAGUUGACAGAAAAUGAUGAUACAGCUGUACUUACAGAAAUAGCAGAGACUAUGAAGAAGAUAUUUCAAGAAAAAGGCAUCUUGGCAGGAGAAGGAAGAGCUUUUAAACCCCAUCUGACUUUCAUGAAGUUGUCAAAAUCAACACAGCUACGUAAGGAGGUGAAAAAAAUUGACUCAAGCCUAUAUGAAGAUUUUAAAAGCCAGUAUUUUGGAGAUGAAGUCCUUCAUCGCUUAGAUCUUUGCUCCAUGUUGAAAAAAAAGCAACCCAAUGGCUACUACUACUGUGAGUCCUCUGUUUUUAUUGGAAAGAACCGUGAAGCAGACUUAGUAAAGGAAGCUUUGCACAGAGAAACACAGGCCCUGUUAUCCAGACUGAAUCAGAUAAAGGAGCUGUUAUCCAGUCCAGAGAUCCGCAUGAAAAUUAGCAAAGAACUGUUUGAAGACAGGCACGACUCUAACAGUAAAUGGAAAAGUUGUAUCAGCUCUGGAUGUCCAAAUGCAUGAUUGUAAAUUGCUGUGAUGUGAGAUCUCACCAGGUUAUUAGAAGAUGAAAAACAUUUCUUCAAGAAAUUUUCUUAUCCCUGUUCAUCUUUUUUUUUACUGAAAAUACCAUUAGUGUAAAUGGCUCAUGAGGAAUAUACUAAAGUACUUACUUGCACAGAAGAAGUAUAGUUCAUCAUCAAAUACAACUACUCCUCAGCACCGCUUUGAAACACACGUGAGUGUGGAGGUAGACAACAUGAUUCCAAAGUGGAAAACUACUGGCAUCAAAGCUGAGCAAACACUGUGCCCUUCCUGUACCAUUGUGAAAAAUCCAGACUUUUCUCAUAGAUUCUUCCUCUAGCAGUGAUAUACGGAUAUUAAAAAUAUUAAUGCUUUUAAAUACUUUAAAAUGUGUAUUUGAAAAAAGCUCUUUUAAUUAUCUGCCUUUUGUAUACAUACUGGCAUUUUGGGUUAGCACUGUCUAUUUUUAAUUUUUUUUUAAACAGCACUUGAAUACAUGUAUAGAUGCUGAUAUGCUGUUCCUGCUGAUGUUUACACUAACACAAGAAUGUUUUAAAUUUCAGAAUGAAAUUCAGACUCCACUGAUCUUGAUGUCAAACUCUUGUUGGCUUUAAUGGAGUCAGGAUGCUGCAAUUAAGAUCUCAUGAAAAUAAUAAUAUUCCUCGGAAUGACAUUUGCCUUUUCAUUUUUGUAGAACAGUGUUUUUGUGUUCUGUUUUUGAUGUCUCCUCCAUCUCUACCUUUGGUUGCCUGGGGUGGGGUGUCAGUUUGCUCUGCGGGGUGUCAUUAUUCCCUCCAUACACCCACAAUAUUCAGCGAAGCUUUGGAUGUACAAUGCAGGAAUAGGUCCAAUAUUUGAUCUUUUAAUAAAUAUUGUUUUAAAUUUCCUCUGAUGAUAAAAGUUAUUUAAUACAUGUUGUGAUUGGUAUCAGUUCUGUGCUGUUAGAACAGCUGUGUGCAUAUUCUUCAUUGGUCUCAAGCACUGGUCAUUUAUCUCAUGCUUCAUGGCUUAUUUUUUCUCUCAUUUGAUAAGUAACAGUAUAUUCUGAAACGUCUCAUAAUACAUUUCUCAAUCCAUGCUCACAAUAAAGUAUUUCUCCCUUUGCA